UUAGAUGCGCCACGGCUUCGGUAGCGACCGGCUGUCUUCUGCUGCUUGAGCGGCGCCCGCACCUUCCCUAGGAGCUCGCAGCAGCCGGCUGGCCUCUGCUCCACGGUAACCAUGUGCGACCGGAAGGCGGUGAUCAAAAAUGCAGACAUGUCGGAAGAGAUGCAACAGGACUCGGUGGAGUGCGCUACCCAGGCGUUGGAGAAGUACAACAUCGAGAAGGAUAUUGCGGCCCAUAUCAAGAAGGAGUUUGACAAGAAGUACAACCCUACCUGGCACUGCAUUGUGGGCCGAAACUUCGGUAGUUAUGUGACACAUGAAACCAAACACUUCAUCUACUUCUACCUGGGUCAGGUGGCCAUUCUUCUGUUCAAAUCUGGUUAAAAGCAUGGACUGUGCCAAACACCCAGUGAUCCAUCCAAAAACAAGGACUGCAUCCAAAUUCCAAAUACCAGAGACUGAAUCUUCAGCCUUGCUAAGGGAACACCUCGUUUGAAUCUGUUGUGUUGUGUACAGGGCUUCAUUCUCUGUACAAGUCUGUGGUUAUAAAAUUAGUAAAACAGCUUACAUUUGUAUUUAUUUUCUAGUCCAUACUUCUGUACCCCCAUUUUUUUCUCCCUUAGGUCAUUCCUUUAAAAAUAAAUCUGUUGGAGAUGUAUGUCUCUGCUAGUUUGUUCAAGAUAGGGUUGAUGAGGCUUAGCAGUUGGUAAGUGACUUGGUCUGUUGUCUGAGGUGUUCCUGUUCUGUAGGAUUAGUUUAGUUCUCUUGAUGGAAUGUCUGGCAGGCCACACCUGUCUUUCCAGAUGAUUUGGAUUAUUAGCCACAGGUCUGAGGCCCUGUUCCUGUCAGCCUAGCACUUGGGAAGCUAAGGAAGGAGUAGAGCAGGUUCUAGGCGGCCCUGGAUUAGCGGACCGACCACAAGAGUUCAUUUGCUAGGCUGCUGCUUUCACUGGCUGUGCUCAGAAAUCAUCAGUACAUGUGAGUCACAGCUUCACUUGGGGACCUAAUGAAAGCUAUGGGCCCGGAGUCACCAAGUUGCCCCGUUGUCAGUUGGAGCUACUGUAACCCAAGGAGAGGCCUGCAUAGGAGACUCCUGCAGGUAGAGGCCCAGGCAGCCAGCCCACACUUCACUAUGCUUCUUACGGAGAGCCUCAGGACAGCUUUGUAAGCUGAACUUGGUCAGACAUUGUGUUCUGUCAGGACCAGGAGUGUGAGACUUUGCUGUUGGUGUGUGCGCAGUCAGUGAUUCUCUACUGUGUAGAUUCUAAGACUCAGCAGCAAGUCUAUUCCAUAAGCCAUCUUGCAAGCCUGUUUCUUUGUGAAAGUGUCUUAGGAAAUCCAGUCCUGGCCUCAAACUAUGUCAUGGUUAGGGAUAACCUUAGUGUUCCUUUUUGUUUUUGUUUUGAGGCAGGGUUUCUCUGUGUAGCCCUGGCUGUCCUGGAACUCACUCUGUAGACCAGGCUAGCCUCGAACUCAGAAAUCCACCUGCCUCUGCCUCCCGAGUGCUGGGAUUAAAGGUAUGCGCCACCACUGCCUGGCAACCUUAAAUGUUCCUUUGUCCCUGCCAAGUACUGGGAUUGCAGAUGGGCACCCCUCCUGAUUGUUUUACCGUUUUGUGACAGUAGACAUGCCUCUCCUACUAUCUGCAGAAACAAUGGGGUACUUGGAGUCAUGUGACCACAGAUAGGGCAGUUAAGUUUGUCUAUUUUGAACAGGUAAAACUGUUUGCAUGAAUGGAGUCCCUCUUCCUCCUUGUGACCUGACUAGUUUUGGCCAUCAGACUGUAAUUGCUAAGUCUCCAGUAGCAGUCCCCAGUGCCACGCGAGACCGCGUGGCUGGACACUGAGAGUCUAACUUGAUCAGGCUUUGUUUGCUGUCAGGAGCUGGUGACUUGUAUUUUCGGGUUCAGAUGUGAGAACAUGUUGCUAUAGAAAUAAAAUUGGUUUGAUGGUGUAUGGAGUUUCUCCCAAUGCUGGCUCAAAAACAAAAUACAACACUGUCUAAGGUUUA